AUGCCCGCCCAACACGCAGCCAACGACAGCGUCCCACCGCCAUGCAGGUACAGGUCGCUGGUGUGCGGUGCCGGCUGGCCACAAGUCGUUGACCGUGCAUGCAUGCAUACGAGAAAGGCGACACACACCAGCGCGUCGAGCAGCACAAGAUUUCGACGUCGUCGUGCAGGUCGACUGUAUCAUCCCAUCCCAGCACCGCCCAUGAAUCACCACCGCCGACUGCACUCCCGUGGGCUGUUUGCGGCGGCAUGUCUGUUCGAUUCAUCCGCCAUCAGCAUCUCAGGUACACAGUCGCGUCUAGAGUCAGCGUGGUGCAGCUGCAAACACAGCGUCGCUGCUUGGGCUGGUCCAGCGAACGACGACAGGCCGCUUUCCUCGGACCCGGCGACGCGCUCUGCACAGCUGCACAGUGACGACGACUAUUCGAUGCAGCUGUCUCAAGCCGCCGGUGGCCACACGGCCAGUCAGUCUGCAAAGCUGCAGCGUUGUUGGUCGUUUGUCUCUGCUGCGACUCGUCUUCUUCGUCGUUCUCACUGCCCACUCGCGGCAUCGCCAGGCCGUGUGGCCAGACUGCCAACGCCACCGGUCAGCCUAUCACCACGGCUUCGCUUCCAAUCGAUAACCUGUGCCGGAAGUCAAUCAUCACCAACCGUCGAGACCCUAGCUCGGGAUUCGCUGGACCGCUCGCUGCGCCGGUGCAGACAUGUGUCAGGACUUUCUUCCAAUAGCGCUUCGCUGCGCAGCCAUCACGCCGUGUGUGGCCUCACGGUCGCGGCGAACGAAAGACACGGGCGUGGUGUGGUGUGCUGCGCUGUGCUGGCUGCUGGUGCUCGCUACUGCAGCGCCUGCCAGUGGGUAGGUCGCACCAUUCCACGGCUGAUCAGAGUGCGGCGGCCGUGGCCACGCAGCUGCGAGAGGCGAGUCAAAAUCGACGCGUGCGAGGAAAAAUCUCAUCACUUUCUUGCUCCUGCUGCUGCUUCCCACCGCGGCCUGGCGUCGGACGAGUUGAAACACACGAGCAGCACCUAA